CAGUGAUAUAUUCCAUCUCCACCUUUUUCUUCUGUCCCUCUAGAAUCUCUCCAACCUCUCCUAGCUUUUCUUUCUGCAGCCCCUCCUCUCUUUCCCUUCUUUCCCUUUCAACCAUGUCAGCAGCUGAUCAUCACAGCCUGUUGUGUUGGUGACAUGUGCCCGUGCCAUGACUUGCAAUGGUAUGCCUUUCUUCACUCCAAAUUUCAUGUUGCAGCCUACUCAUGAAGAAGACCAUCCCCCCACCUCUCUCAAUCCAAUCCUUUCACCAUGCGCACCUCAAGAUUUUCAUGGUGUCGCCUCAUUUCUAGGGAAGAGAUCCAUGUCAUUCUCAGGAAUUGAAGGGUGUGAAGAUAUGAAUGGUGAGGAUGAUCUAUCAGAUGAUGGGUCUCAGGCAGGGGAGAAGAAGAGGAGGUUGAACAUGGAGCAGGUGAAGACAUUGGAGAAGAACUUUGAGCUGGGGAAUAAGCUGGAGCCUGAGAGGAAAAUGCAGCUGGCUAGAGCUCUUGGGCUGCAGCCAAGGCAGAUUGCUAUAUGGUUCCAGAACAGGAGAGCAAGGUGGAAGACAAAGCAGCUGGAGAAGGACUAUGAUCUGCUCAAGAGGCAGUUCGAGGCAGUGCAAGCUGAUAAUGAGUCUCUCCAAGCUCAAAACAAGAAACUCCAAGCCGAGAUCUCGGCAUUGAAGAGUAGAGAAGCAUCGGAGCCUAUCAACCUGAAUAAAGAAACUGAGGCUUCCUGCAGCAGGAGUGAGAACAGCUCAGAUAUCAACUUGGAUAUCUCAAGAACAUCAGCAAUUGAUAGCCCCCUAUCUUCCCAUCCAAACCGACCACUCUUCCCAUCAAUGAGGCCUGCCAAUCUACUCCACCACAACCCCUCAAGACCAGACCUUCAGACCCCCAAAAUCGAGCAAUCUGUCCCCCAAGAUGAGUCCUUCUGCAACAUGUUCAUCGGCAUCGACGAGCAAUCCGGCUUCUGGCCAUGGUCAGAACACCACCAUUUCCACUGAAAUGCACUGUUGGAUCCGGCCUCCCAUUAAUGUUGGCGAUUCAAUUCGUCGAAAUUAAGAAAGAAAAACGGCCUAAGCCCACCUGCCAUCUGACCCGUUCCAAUCGUCUUCAUUCAACUGGAAUUCAUGACUUGGAUUGGUGUAUAGAAGAUUAGCAUGUAGAAUUCCAAGUGGGUCUGGAGAAAUGUGAAGGAGAAUAAAGGGGGUAUAUGUCUGUGGUAGAAUUACAACAUCUUCUUCUAACCACCUUGUUCGAGAGAUGUUGUGAUUGGAUUAGUUACUAUAGUAUUAGAUGAUUAUGGUAAGAUGGUUGAUAGCUCAUGCAUGGGCCAUGAAAUAAAAAAAGGGAUUCUCUCCUUUCA